AUGGCUUCCAUAACAUAUCCCGUGCUUCCAGAGAAGCUCCUCCUUAUCUCACUGAAGAUGUACUUCACCCCAGAGCGCACUACCAGCUACAUGCGCGCACUCCUCGAUCCCGCCAACGAGAUCGUCCACCCCCAAAACCGAGAUAAGCUCCUCCUCGCCCUAAUCCCCGACUUCCUCACUAUCUGGCCCUGCGCCGAGAUCCUAAAGGAGUACGAGAACAAACUCGUCGCCUCCGGGACGUCCAUCUCCCCACCACCCUUCUUCCUCGGUGCCCAGGAUUGCAUGUGGGAAGAGUACGGCGCAUAUACGGGCGAAGUCUCCCCAGCCGCGAUCAAGUCUCUCGGCUGCUCAAUUGUUGAGCUGGGCCAUGCCGAACGUCGUGCUAUCUUUGGCGAAACGGAUGACCAGACAGCCCGUAAGGCUGCCGCGACUUGUGCGCAGGGCAUGGUACCCCUCGUCUGUGUCGGUGAGAUUACUGCCCCCGGCGCUGUUGCCUCCGAAGCCGUCGGUCAAGCCGUCGCUGAGUGCGCGGUUCUCGUACGCGCCGUGCUAGCUGCUAUCCCCGCGGACGCUCCGGUCAUCUUUGCAUAUGAGCCCGUGUGGGCUAUUGGCAAGCCCAAGCCAGCGGGUGUCGACCACGUCGCCGCCGUUGUCGAAGGUAUCCGCGGGGUAAUUGGCUCCCGCCCCGGUGCAGCGCGUGUGCUGUACGGUGGCAGCGCCGGACCUGGGCUUUGGGGUGCGGGCGGGCUGGGCAAGGCCGUCGAUGGUAUGUUCCUCGGACGCUUUGCGCACGAAAUCGAGGGUGUGCGCAAGGUCGUCCGCGAGGUGGAGGAGUCACUAGGCGUGGCCUGA